AUGAAUCAACCCUCUCCGGACCAUCAGUCCAAAGUCGCUCCUGGGACACCUGAAUCCAUACACGAGAGAACUCAAAGCAGCUCACCAACGCUUCCGCCCUGUGGAGAUUUCAUACAUCAGUUUCCUUGGAGAUUGCACCAGAUGCUAGAAACGGUGGAAAAGGAAGGCAAAACCUCCAUCAUUUCAUGGCUGCCAGGUGACCCACAAGAUACUUUCAAAGUCCAUGAUAAAGAUAAGUUCAUGCAGCAGGUAUUGCCGCGCUUCUUCAAUCAGACCAAGUUCAAAUCGUUUCUUCGACAACUGAACUUAUGGGGAUUUGAACGAAUACUCGAAUCAGGUCCAAGGCGUGGAAGCUACCGCCAUUCAUUAUUCAUCAAGAAUCGGCCUAAUAGGUGUAUUCAUAUGAAACGAGUAAAGAUAAAGGGUGCAAAACAAGGGGAUACAGGGGACUUCCAACAGCAGCAAAAGGAAAGGGAGGACCGUCAUCGUGAAUCAAAACAAUCUCAUGGUACUAUCAGUGGUGAUCAUCGUGACGGAGCCCAACAGCGAGUCAAGACAAAAGCGAACGAUAUCCAAGACGACCCAUCAUUCGAUACUAUUGAAUAUGAAAGGAUACCAGACAAUAUUCCUGUUGCCGCAGACCUAUCCCGCAUGUAUGCAGAGGAGAUGAAAGAUACGAUUCUUUCUGGUGCUGCUUCGACAGGAGUCGAAUCGGAAGACGAUUCCCCCUACUCCCCUAAACCACUAUCAAGUUUAAGAUACCGGCGAUGA